GCAUUCUCAUAUUCUUUCACUCCCCUUUAAGAGCUGCCUAACUACUAUCUCCUGAAAGGAGCCUCCAGCAUUCCUCCCCUUUAAUCUCAGUUUAUUGUUAGCACAGUGCUUGCCUUUAAUCCCUGCAGAGCCGAACAGGAGAAUCAGAGAACAGAAGUUGCUUCACUUGGGUCUUGGGAACACUCAGCUUCAACACUGGAGAAUAUGGGCCGCAAACAAGAGGAGGAGGGCAGUUCCUGGAAGAAACAAACCACCAAUAUACGGAAAACAUUCAUAUUCAUGGAAGCACUAGGAUCAGGAGCCUUUUCAGAAGUUUUCCUGGUGGAGGCGAGAAGAGGGCCUAGGGAGCAGAAGCUGUUUUGCUUUCAAAGUGCAUAUGUUAAAGAGUCACCCCGAGGUCACCUUUCGGAGCUAACUACUGGAAAAAUGGAAAUAGCUGUAAUGUUGAAGAAAAAACAUGAAAACAUAGUAACUCUGGAAGACAUUUAUGAAAGUACAACCCAUUAUUAUCUGGUCAUGCAGCUGGUGUCUGGAGGGGAAUUAUUUGACCGUAUUUUAGAACGAGGUGUAUAUACUGAAAAAGAUGCAAGUAUUGUAAUUCGACAAGUCCUGGAAGCUGUUCAGUAUCUUCAUGAGAAUGGGAUAGUCCAUCGAGAUCUGAAGCCUGAAAACCUGCUCUACCUAACCCCUGAGGAGGACUCCAAAAUCAUGAUCACUGACUUCGGUUUGUCUAAAAUGGAACAGAAUGGCAUCAUGUCUACAGCAUGUGGAACGCCAGGUUAUGUUGCUCCAGAAGUGCUAGAGCAAAAGCCGUACAGCAAAGCUGUGGAUUGCUGGUCAAUAGGAGUCAUUACUUAUAUCCUCCUGUGUGGGUACCCUCCUUUCUAUGAAGAGACAGAGUCCAAGCUAUUUGAAAAGAUCAAAGAAGGUUACUUUGAAUUUGAAUCUCCAUUCUGGGAUGAUAUCUCUGAAUCAGCCAAGGAUUUCAUCUGUCACAUGUUGGACAAGGAUCCAAAUGAGAGGUUCACCUGUGAAAAAGCCCUCAGACACCCCUGGAUUAAUGGAAACACUGCACUCCACCAUGACAUAUACCCAUCUGUCAGUGCACAGAUCCAGAAAAAUUUUGCAAAAAGCAAGUGGAAGCAAGCUUUCAAUGCAGCAACUGUUGUUCAUCAUAUGAAGAAACUCCAUAUGAACUGCCACCAUACAGACAUCAAUACUGGAAACAGUCUCCCAGUCAUAGAAGUGCAAGAUUCAUCAAGACCCAACAGUCCAUCAGUCACCAGUCAGGAGCAACCCAAUCAAGAUCCCAGUACUUUGAUGCCUCUGUUAUCAUGCCACAAUGUAUCAGAUCUUUCUAAUGAACAGGACAAAGUGAUAGACAGCAAGUAUUUGAAUAACGUGGUUAGCAAUUCUGUCCCUACAAAUGCCUGCACAACUGUGGCAGACAAUCACAACUCUCCAAACAGAUCUCCAUUUGGCUGCUCUUCAGCAUGUGGAACACAUGAGAAAGUGAAACCAACCUUUUGUUCAGAGUCAGUGCUCAUAAAAAAACCUGUUAAGCCUCAUCACUUCAAAUCAGAGGUCCUUGUUCCAGGGAAAGCCAAUAACCACUCACAUUUUGGCACUGGGCAAACUGGAGUUUGUUUGAUGAUGUGAUUGGAAAAACAGCCAUAUGAACCAGAUGCACACUUUUACAGAAGGGCUUCAAAGGGCUUCUCUGUGCUUCAAAGUCAAACAUCAACAGUGCAAGAAGAGAGAAGGCCUAAAUUCUGUGCAGCACAGCUGCCUUUUCAGAUGGCAGGGGCCACUCAUGGAAGAGGUGGACAUCCAGGGGCCUGACAAAUCUGAUGGUGUGGUUACCUUGAAAUAUUAGAAGGGUCAUUUCAUUCAAACAGAGAAGCAUUUUUAAUAGAAGAGAGAGACACCAAGCUUCUGCUACAGUUUCAGUGUAUUGUGCUACAUCCUUGCAAAAAAUGUUUAUGUAUCUUUUUUCUUUUGAUCUUUUUUGGGAGGCGGGAGUAAGUAUGUUAUGUAUCUGUAGCUGUUCAGUACAACAGUAGAAGAAUUGCAAGGUGUUUUCCUCUGUGAAAGAGAUUGUUGAAACUGAAAGUAUCUUUUGCCAGAGUUUAUUUGUGUUGCUUUCAUCUAUGGUUUGAGAGCAAUCUGCCAAGCAUGGCUGCCUGGUUGUUGUUUGUUUCAAUGGAACUGUACACAGGUCUUCUGCAUAGGCAGAAUGAGCAGAGGAGGCUACGCAGCUUCCGUUCUCAGUAUAGUUAACUGCUGCUUCCAGGUUAUUAACUGUAUAAUAAAUAUGAUGCUUAAUAAAGCUGAUUGUUUUUCAA